CUACGGGUGCGGGCAGUCAGGCAGGAUGACGAGAGCCGUAGAAAGAGAGGAGUUGGUGGAGGUUAGGUCGGUGGCGCAAAGAAAGAAGAAUGACUGGUGGCCGGCAGCGGUGGACUAGCGCCUGUAUGACUGUGUGUCGAGCGGGUUGCCGGGACGUCGAGGGGCGCCUGCUGGAUAGAGAGAAAAAGAAAGAAUGCUCCGCUCGAAGCGAGGAAAGAAAGAGAAAGGUUGAGAGGUGGCCGAAUAAGUGGGGGUAACACGGUAAGAGACGGUGAGUGUGACAGCGACGAGCGAGGCGAGGGGUUUUAGAGCGAGAGAGCGAGUGGCGAAUCGUCGAGAGGGGAAGGGAAAAAGCGUUUCAGUGGGAAGCAGCCGCAGUCCUCGCCGAUGGUGGGGAUGAAAAUUAGUUACGGCAUCUACCAAGACCUAAAAGGAACUCCGUGCGCGGCGCGGCCAGGCCACUUCGUGCAAUGUUACGCGUUAAGGUACCCCCGUGCGUUGUUGGCAGUACCCGGUUUCUAAGCUCAUCGUCGUCAUUAUCGUUACCGUCGUUCGCGUUCUUGUUCUCGUUUUCGUUCUCGUUCGCGGUCUUGUGCUCGACGUGACGGUCAUCGUCACGCUGCGAAACAAUUCGGUACGUGAAAACACACUAUGGCUCAUGGCGUAAGCGAGGUGCUUGGUGAGGGAAGCACAGUGAAAAUGGUGCAUCAGAAGCAGCAACAACAGCAGUCGGUGCAUCAACAUCAGCAACAACAAAACGCGAAAAAAUCUGUCGGUGUGAUGGGAAGUAGACGCAUAUUCGCGCCGGCCUUCAAGCUCAAGGUUCUCGAUUCGUACAGGAACGAUAUCGACUGUCGUGGAAAUCAACGAGCCACAGCGAGGAAAUACGGCAUUCAUCGACGUCAAAUACAAAAGUGGUUACAGUGCGAGGAUAAUUUGAGAAACAGUUGUGCCGAGACUGGAAAUAAUGGAGUGGUCACGACGACGGUGAUCUCUGCCGCGGGUGUUUCUAAGGCGGACGGCACCGUGUCAGAAUCCACGGGGUCCGCCGUGACUCCAGCAGCGCCGGCCUUGAACCUCAGCCUCGCCAGACUGCACGGCGACGAGCUGGCUACACAGCAAGGGCCCCCACCUCUUCUUUCUCGUCCUCCUCAUGGUAGUUCACCCUCUUCGCCCCAAUACGUUUCUCAAUCCAACACGGUUUCGGUUUUACCCGUUCGUGUCGGAUACCAGGAAUAUUCCGCUAAUCAAGAUCAACAUCAUCUUCGUCGAGAUACGGAGGAUCGAAUACGGGCAACGGACGUUCACGGAUAUUCGGAGGCUCGUGUGAAUCAGGAAACUAAUUAUUACGUUUUAAACGCUGAUGGACAACGUGAACUGGAAAACGCGACGACGUCGUUCGAGAACCGAAACGAGGCGAAGGUGUACCAAACUCUGACGAGUUAUCGCGCCUCGCAUCAGGAGCAUCGGUACAGUGAAAAUGAGAAACAUCGUUCGCCAAGUCAUCGUCAUCGAUCGUCGCAAAAUUACGGAGACGUAGAUUCCUCGGUGGACGGGAAAUCAUCGUACGGUUUGCUACUAGCAUCGUCGAUGAUAAAGACGGAACGCGCGAGCCCAGACUCGGCGGCGACGCCAGGGCCGUGCGAGUCGACUAGUUCUCCCGGUCUCUCCAGGAUCCCACUCUCGCCUCUUCUGCAUCAAGCAAGCAACAGUUCCAGCUCCAGUUCCAGCUCAACAACGUCCGUUCACUUCGAUUCCCCACGGGCCUCCGCGAGUCCGUGCUCGUUGCACGUGCACGAUCACGAUCACGCACACGAGCACGUACACGCAUACGCGUCACCGACUCCGGAUUCCGAGAAGUCGAUCCCGUCCAUGUAUCAGCAGGAGAGAGAGUCGAAGGAGACAACGACGACGACGACGACGACGACGACAACGACAACGACAGUCCGUAUCGGAGAGAAGGAAACAGAGGACGUUGCGGGGGAGGCAGAAAUCGGUAGGGCGGUGGUCAAGGAAGAAAUUCAGCUGGAAGAAGAGGAGAAUUGCGAGGAGGGAAGAGAAGCUGUCCCUGCAGCAUCCUCGUACAUCGAUUAUCAACGACCACCUGCUGGCUCGUCUUUCCUCGAUUCCCGUCCUGCCAGCCCUGUACACGAUCGAGAAGGAUACUCGUUGCCUUCGAGCCCUCGCGAACCGACCAGUUCCGCUGGGUCCAGCACCAGUUGCUCCGACAGCGAGAUGGACCCUCUCGACUGUUCUUCCGGUGGUCACAAUUCGUCUAACGACCUUGCUCGGCGACGAUCCUUCUCCCUGCGAUUCAAAUUAGACGUUCUCGAUGCUUUCCACCGAGACGUCGGUGUGGCCGGCAACCAACGCGCCACCGCUCGAAAAUUUGGCAUAAAUCGUCGUCAAGUUCAAAAAUGGUUAGGCCAGGAGACGGAGUUGAGGGGCGAGAUCGCACUUCGUGGAAACUCGCGACAGCGACUCGGCCCUAUCCAGGAUGUCGCUUCCGGUGACUCACCGGUAGAUCUGAGGACGUCGAACUACGUUUCCAGCUUAUCGCAGGAUCAAAUCGAAGCUGAAUACGAGCGAUCGCCUCCGCCUCGUUACUGUUGCGACAUCGGCACCUCCUCCUCGCAGCAUCUUUUCUACUAUCACCAUUCUGCCGCGAUAGACCCGUCUUCCGAGAGCGAGCCUACCGUUUCUUGCAAUCUCUCCUGUUGCAUGGACAGUCACGCUACGACACCGGUCACCUCGUGUUACCAGGAAGUGUCCUUAAGGGGAUCUUGCUACGCGGAGUCACAGAACAGGCAGUACUGUUAUUCUCCGAGAGAGUAUUCGUCCGAGAUCACUUCGAUCCCCUCGAUCCCCGAACAAUCGGAAGAAUUGUCCUCGCCACUCAAGAGGCAACACUGCACCCUCUCGUGUUGCUACGAAACGCUGCCUUCGCCGAAAAGGCUUUGCCUGGAGGCGGAAGAAUCAACGCAAUUGAACGGAAAUUCCUGCCAACAAGUGCCUCCUCAAGAAACGCCACUCUGUCUGGUGAAGCCAAAGAGGCUGGUUGUCGCCUCACCGUUGAGGACAGAGCCGGUAACCAGUACGGUGCCGACGCCACCGGCGUCCACCGUGCCACCUCAUCCAGGACCAACACCGAAGAAGGACGCCAUCUUGUUCAAACCCUACUUGGACAAUCCGGUGAGCAAACCUGCGAAAGAGCACACGGUUCAAAGGGGUUUGUCACCAGUCAGCAGUCAGAACAUCAGCAACAACAACAACUGCCAAAGCGUUUGUAAUUUGAACGAAGGUAGCAGGGGCCACGAUUAUGCUCUCGAGCUUAGCUUAAGACUGCCGGUAUCCUGGAGGACUCAGCCGAGUCCGUACACCGAGUUCCCGCAGGUCAGGAGCGCAUUCGUUAGGUAUCCAGCGAGUCACUACAGUUAAUUCAAACGUUUAUUCGAUUCUCGAUCUCGCGAAAUAUGUAUUACAGCGACACCUGUUCCAGCUUGAUCCUCGAUUCGGGCCGAGUCCAAGUACCUUGGAAUUGAUUUUAUUUACUUUACAAAUUUUAGAAUCCAAUUUUUAAUUGUACAUUUGAGAAUUUUAACGCAUCGGUUCUUAGAUAUCUACAAUCGUUCAGGGACAAAUGCUUCGUGGACAGGAUCAUCCGUGGAAGGAUCGAUUAGUACGUGAUCUACGACACGUCGUAUGCCACGUAAGAGUUUAUCGUUUCCACGGAUCGCGUCGGUACCGUGUUAUACAUCAUGAUAAAGUCCUAAUCGGCCAUUGGACGAACCGAAACGUGGAAGGAGAUUAUACACACGCUCGCGUCCUCGCUUAGCAUCUCCUUCGGACCCCCUCUUAUACCUUACGCUCUUCUUCUUUUUCCCCGCUCAAAAGUCUUUUCUUGACUUUUUUUUUCCGCGCCUCUUUAUCGUCGAGAUUAACGGCUAUCUGCUAGGCCGUUUAGAGGUCGAGUGCGUUCGCUAUAAUUACGGAAUUAUGUCAGUCUCGGGACGAUACCGAUCACGAAAGAAAAAGUCUCUCGCGGCUGACAACGUGGUUUCUAGCAUUGCGUUACGCAAUAACCUGACGACAUACCGUCUCUUGUUCGUCGAGUAAUCGUAUUCUCCAGAAAAUCGAACUCGAAACGGAUGAUCGUCUAUGCUAGAACUGCGGCUACCGGUUUCCUUGGUCUUUUUCUAUUCGUCAUCUUCUUCUUCCUCCUUCUCCUCCUCUUUUGCCACGGUAGCUUCUCGAUUCUUGGUUUGUCAUAUAUCGUUCCGAAUGAACGGUUGUCGCUGUUCUUAUUCCACCGUCGUCGAUCGAGGAUCGAUCUUAUAAAUAUCGUGUUUAAUUGCUCAAAAAAUUUCUUCCAUGGGCGCAGCUGUGCGAUGCACGGUGCGCAAGUAUUACGACAGGGUUUCGCUUCUUCGUUAUAUUCUUCGGUUCUCUCCCCUUUUGAUCGACUCCUUUAUGAAUCUUCUUCGAUCUCUUUCUCCUUCUCCUCGAAAUAUAAUUUUGUAAAUAAAAUAAUUCUAAUGUUUCUCUGUCGAUGCAAUAAAUAAUUGAGGAGAAAGAGGAAAAAGUAUAUGAAACUAAGAAAAAGAAAAAUCAGUACUUACCUAACGAUUACUUCAAUAAUUAGAACUAAAAUUAUUUAAUAUUAUAAGGAAAGGAGUUGACGAUGCAAUUGUAAAAUUAUUUUAUUUUUGGAAACAUAAUAUUCAUGACGAAACACGGUCGAUCAAGAGGGGAGAAUUUGAAAAAGACAAAUACGGGAGUGGUCCGAAACAACUCGCGUGCCUUACACAUGAUAGGUGAUCGUGUAGCGUCGACAUUUUAAGGGAUACAAUUUUAGAAAUUUAGACCAAUAAGGAGACAACGUUCUUAAUUAUUCUUAUAAAUUAUUCGUACGUCGUCUUCUCCGUUUAACCGUGUGUUCCGAUUCUCGCGAGGCGAUAACACGUUUCUCUUCUUUAAUAUCAUCGAACGACUUUCGGUAAUAAUAAUAGAGUAGGAAAAAAGUAUGGAAAUUCCUCUUCAUAUGCGAUUACCAUUUCUCGUAAUCGGUCGUUAUGUUCGACCCCAAGGAGAUAAUGGUCGCGAUAAUGAUCCGUGUGCAUUGGCCAGCGUUGCUAUUCGCGAAAACGGAUACGAGCGAACGGGAAAGCGAAAAUAGCGGUUCCACGAAUGUUCUUGUGAUCGGAUAAUUGAGCGAGCCCACGGUAAAGAAGGGCAAUUUUGUAAAUCACCGUCGCAGACGGAGGCAGUUACGUCAAUGUUUCAAUAUUCAGAGCCAAUCGAGCUCGUUCCCAGUGCGGCUAAUCUCGCAUAUUGCGACAGCCGCGUUACAUUAUCGGUCGAAAUGCACUCGCUCGUUACCGAGUCGGCCGACACGGGUCAACAGCGCACCAAUCUAUCUCGCGAACGGACGUAAAAAUGCGUCAACUUUUGUAAAUAGUCAACUAUUCGUACCUUUGAAACAAUAACAGUAUCGGAAAAGGAAUUUCCCUCCGUUCGUCCCGAUUCGAUCUCGCCUUUCGGAACUCGGAGAAUCGGAAGAUAGGAAACGGGAGAAGAAAAGGAGCGUAUAUUAGCCUUGUCCGCGUUCGUCGAUAGGGUCAAGGUGGCAAUGUACAAUAAAAUGUAGCGUAAUCGUAAGCCAUAAUGAAUUACAUAAUGCCAUAACGUUUUACAUAAUAAACGUAUAGUGUCGAACCGACUGACGAAAGAGGGAGCGUGCUCGGUAGUGCGAGAAAUAAAUGCGUGGAUACGUGCGUGCGUGCUUGCUUGCCUGUGUUCCGUGUGCACAGCCCACAAGAGUCUAUUAAACGAGGCAUAGAGCAUUGUAUAAGCAAUAUUUUUUAAGUGCAUAAAAGUGUGUGAACGGUUGAGAGGGAGGCGAAGGGAUGGCGCACGAGCAGCAGCGUUUCGUGGGCGAGCCCCCGCGUUUUAAACUUCGUAUUCACACACGUACGUAAACACAGAGUUAUGGUGUAAGCAUAAUGCUUGUGUAUCGUACAUGUACAAAGAAAAUUUAUAUAUAAUGUUGGAAGAUAAAAAAAAAGAGAGCGCGUAUAUAUAUAUAUAUAUAUGUAUGUAUGUAUACAUAAUUAUAUAUUAUAUUUUAAUACGAUGAACUUUUAGAUUAGAAACGAAGCGCCUGAAAAACUCGCCCGGUGCCUUUUUAGAUCGCUCGUGCCUUAUAGGUUCGCGCGAGGUGGAAUCAAGGACCAAAAAGUGUCCCGCGUCCUUAGAACGAACCACGGGUAUUUAUACGUUCCCCUCCGCGACGAUGAAGCGUUCCGUGCUGGUUCUUGGCAAGGAUAACGCUACGGGACAGAGUGCAUACACCGGUGACUCGCCCAAGCGUGUAAUAAUAUCAGUAUUCAGAAUUUAUAUUCGUUUAUUUAUUAUUGGUCGUCGACACAGUGGUCCGGAUCGAAGAAUUUAGCCACAUUCUAGUAUUACCUUUGAACCAUGAGAAGGUACAUCCUGGGAUCUCCUCUUCUUCGUGUUCAUUCCUUGAAAAAAUGACCAGUCCAUAAUCCGUGUAAGGGAGAUGAACACGGAGGGAAGGAACCAAUGGACAAGGUACGAUUAAUAUUUUUUGGUAAAAUGUCGCUAUAUUCUUCUGUCCGGAGUCUGGACCAUUGUACGUCAUUUUAAAUCCACUCUUGUUUCUCUUCUGCCUCGUCGAAUGAAAGAGGAUAAUUGAAAAGAUAUUAUAGUUUCACCCUUCUCUUAGAUCUAUUUUAUUCGUAUUUCCGAUCAUUCUGAAGGAAAACAUUUUAAAUUGAGUAAAACGAUAAGGUGAACUCGUUCCGAGGGUCGAUCGAGAGCUAACGAAACGAAUCAAUCAGGGUUCCUUCGCCGAGAGGCAGCUCAAAGUGUGAUAAAUCGCCUCGUUUCUUCGAGGCUUAUCUAUUUUUCUUUUUUUCUUCUGUACGGCCGAGGCUCUCUGGCGAGCAUGAAACAAUGGCGAAAGCAACGAUAUUAUUUGACUCCGUCGUUUAAAAGCGUUAUUUCUCUUCUGUCGUUAAAAUUGUGAUCUAUCGAGAUGAAAAUGGCGAGACUGAGAGGGAGAGGCUGAAACACAGAGAGAUAAAGUAAGUGUGAACGUCGUUCUUUCUUUUUUUUUUUUUGUACGAUAGGAAGAAACAAAAUUCAUUGUAUUAAAUAUUGUAUUAUAUGUACACACAGCCGGACACAUACACACAGACAUGUAGAUUAUUGAAAAUUUUAAAGAAAAUAUAAGAGACUAUUUUAAAUGAAGAAA